GCGAGCAGAACCGUGAGAGACAGAGAGAGGCGCAGUUUGUGUCGCAGGAAAAUGAAGAACGCUUGGAUCUUUCUGUUGGCGGUUUGUGUUUGGUGUCCCGUUCAAGGAAGUUAUCGACUCUUUUCGAGCUGUGUGUGUAAUGGUAAGGCUCUGUACUGUGUGCGAGACUUCAUGGGGCUGCGAUGUGAGAACUGCCUGGACAACAGUGAAGGCAGGCAUUGUGAAAACUGCAAGGAAGGCUUUUACCACCAGAGAGCAGGAGAACGCUGCCAGCCCUGCUACUGCAACGCUGUAGGCUCUGUUGGCCAAGGAUGCAAUAGCCAGGGGCAGUGUGUGUGUAAGCAGGGUGUGCAGGGGUCCAGAUGUGACCAGUGUGCUAACGGAGCUCCAAUCACAGCCCAGGGUUGUGAGCCAAUGAGGCAAAACACUUGCUUCUGCAAUGGUCAUUCAAGAGAGUGCUCCCUGGCUCAGGGUUACACAGUUUACAGCAUCACUUCAACGUUUGAUCAGGGGACAGAGGACUGGCAAGCUGUCACUGCUCAGACUGUUAAUCCAUCCCAGGUGAAUUUCCGCUGGUUGCCUGGACAUCACAACAUUGAGGUCAUUUCUAAAGACCUGCUGCCUGUUUACCUGUCAGCUCCAGCCCAAUACCUAGGGAACCAGGUUCUGAGCUACGGUCAGACGUUAUCCUUCUCUCUGCGCCUGGACAGAGGCGUCCGCUAUCCCUCUACCUCAGAUGUUGUGUUAGAGGGAGCUGGACUGAAAGUUUCUGCCUCGCUGGGAAACCUGAGGACCGUCAUACCAUGUGGAAGGAAAAUCACCUACACAUUCAAGUUGGAUGAACAGCCUGACAGCAAAUGGAAACCCCAGCUCUCAUCUACAGAGUUUCAAACACUUUUGAGCGACCUUGCAGCCAUUAAGAUCCGGGCCACAUUUGGGGAAAAUGGACGUGGUUAUCUGGACGAUGUUACUCUGGUUUCUGCUCGGUUGGGUUCUGGCACCCCUGCAAGUUGGGUGGAGAAGUGCCGCUGUCCAGCAGGCUAUGAUGGCGAUUUUUGCGAGUACUGUGCUGCAGGGUAUAAGAGACGUUUCCCUGGGCAAGGUCGCCGUAGCCCCUGUGAGCCGUGCACCUGUCGAGGAGGAAGCUGUGAUCCUGAAACAGGAGACUGUUACCCAGCUGAUGAGACACGUAACGGAGAGCCCUGUCCCAUUGGUCAAUACGAGAAUCCUCGGCAACCUGGCAGCUGUCUGACAUGCCCAUGUCCCACCGGCUAUUCCUGUUUGGUCGCCCCUGGAACCUUGGAUGUGAUUUGUAACUGCCCACCAGGGAUCACAGGCUCCAGCUGCCAAAGGUGCAAUGACGGUUUCUAUGGUGACCCUCUGGGAGAGAGGGGCAUGCCGCAACCAUGCCGUCGGUGUCAGUGUAAUGGGCACCUGGACCCGAACGCCGUGGGCAACUGUGACGACUUCACAGGAGAGUGUUUAAAGUGUCUGAACAACACCACUGGUUUCUUUUGUGAGAACUGUUUGGACGGAUUCUACCACAGCAAACCCGCAGACGCCUGCACGGCUUGUAACUGCAAUCCCCAGGGGUCACUGUCGAGGUCCUGCAGUGAUCAGGGAAAGUGCAGCUGUACGGAAGGUUUCGAGGGGCACAAGUGCGAGAGAUUCAAGAGUUCUACAUGUCCAUCCUGCUUCAGCCCUGUCAAGAGUCAGAUUGAGAAGUUCGCACAGAAACUCCAGGAGCUGGAGGCUUUUUUUAACAGCAUGGGGAAUGGAGGUGUGUACGACAACAAAGCCAUGGAGAAAGCCCUCAGCACUGCUGAAGAAUUGGUGCAGUCCAUGCAGAAGAGAGCAGAUACUCUCACCGACACAGAGGCGCUUCUUUACGCUAAACUGUCCUUGCUCAGAAGUACCCAACUGAAAGAGGAGGGAAGACUGCAGGACAUCUCCAGGACUGUGAACAACAUCGCCAGUCAAGACCAGCAGUACACCAAAGAUGUGGCUGAAAUCCAGAAACUCAUACUUGACAUCAGGCAGAAUUUACUGAAGGCCAGACAGGACAUGAAUCAAAUUGACUUCCCCUUACGUGAUGCAGAGGCAGGUAUUAAUCCCCUGACUAGUUUGGUUCAGAAAGCCGCGGACCUCGCCGAACAGCACCAAAAUGAGGCGGGAACAGUAGAACAGUCAGCCAAUAACGCGGUCUCUGAGGCUGAGAAAGCCUUGGCCUUUGUGGGCCCAAUCAUCACAGGGGAGAACAACCUCCAACCGCAGAUCAGCAGUCUCAAAAACCAGUUCAAUGCAGACGUAGCUCUGGUGAAUAAGAUGCAGAAGGAGGCCACUAGCGUGACUGAUGCCGCUCAGGCAGAGAGCAAGGUGGCACUGGACAGUCUGAAACAAAUUUCUGCGCUGGGGAAGACCCUUACAACAGCAGCUCCUCAGGUGGACAUUACUGGCUUGGUUGCCAAGUUGGACAAUAUGAAGGAUUUGGUAAAGAACAAUGUAACAAGCUACCAGGAGCUGCAGAAGGAAAUUCUGGCUGAUAAGAAAGAGACAGGCGACCUACUGAACAAGGUCAAAACUGCUCAACAGGCUCAGGAUAAGUUGCUUGCCAGGGCUAAUGCCGCCAAGGCAGAAGCAGACCAGGCUAUGAAGCUUUUCAGCACUCUGGGCAAUGUGGACGAGGCUCUGGACAAACUCAGAGGGUUCGAAGGCAAGAUCAGUAGUAGUAAGGCUUUGGCUGACGAGGCCCUGAGUAAACUGCCCUUCAUCAGUGGCACGAUUCAGCAGGCUGUGGCCAGCAAUGCAGAAACUCAGGCUGUACUGGGUGACCUGGGAAACUACAAGGAUGCACUGGAUUCCCUUGAUAAGCUAAACAACACUCUGACCAGAAUAGAGAAAAUGUCCGCUUCCCUCCCACCCUCCUCGGAUCUUUUGACAACAGCCACCACGCUGAAGGGAGGCAUGGAGGGACUGAAGGCUCAGGCAGACUUGACCAUGGACCAACUGACUAAAGAUAAAAAGGACGCAGAGAGAUACAGAAAACUGGCUGAAGAGGUUAAUCGGGACGCCAAUGAAGUGUACAAAGGUGCAAAGGACACCAGGUCUGCCGUUACAGAUACUUUAACGACAGUCAACAACCUUCUAGACUUACUUGGAAAACCAGGUUCUGUAGACGAGAAGAGGGUGUCGGAUCUGGAGAGGGCUAUAGCGGACAGCCGCAGCCUUGUGCAGAAGGACCUCAGGCCCAGACUCAUCGAGCUGGAGAACAAGGAAAUUCAGCAGAGGGCUGCCAUCGCACGCAUGAUCAACGACAUCGACACUAUCGUUAUGGAUAUAAAAAAUCUGGAGCACAUUUACGAGAACAUUCCAGGUGGUUGCUAUAACACAGCACCAAACGAGAGGCCUUAGUGGCUUUAUGUUAGCAAUGGACUAGGGGCCCAAGCACCUCAAAUGUCUGAGUAAUAGUGCUGAUAGCACUGAGCCUUAAGCAGCACUUUCAAAGGUUUGCUACAAAUGACCCCAAUCCACAAAAACAUUGAUAGCAUUUAACUUUUAAUAAGUAUUUGUUGUUUUUUUUAUACUGGUGGUGUAUGUGUGAGUGGCUGUAACUAAUUAUAUUUAUGUCUUAUGUAAAAAAAAAGAAAAAAGAUGACUGUGAUGUGCACAAAAUAAAAUGUUAUAUCUUUGAUAACCAAGGAUGUUCCCAUUUAAAGUGUUAAUAAUUAAAGCUGAAACGCUACAGA